AUGGGCGUCCUCGGACAAACCAAAACAACCCCAACCACCACCAACCCCCUAACCGCCGCCAACUCCCAAUCCCUCUUCACCCUCACCCUCACCCUCCUAACAACCCACUGGCCCCUCCUCCUCCUCACCACCCUCCUUCUCCGCGCCCUCCUCCGCCGCUACCUCUCCCCCCUCCGCAAAUACCCCGGCCCAGCCCUCGCCUCCAUCACCCGCCUCUGGAAAGCAGCCUCCACGGCCUCCGGCCGCAGCCACCACCACUACAUCGCGCUCCACCGGAAAUACAACAGCCGGGUCAUCCGCAUCGCCCCGAACGAGGUAUCCGUGUCCUCUCCCGAGGCCGCACGCGUGCUGCUGAGCGCGGGGAAAGGGUUUGUGAAAACGCCGUUUUAUUGGGUGUUCCCGCCGCCGGAGAAUCCGGAUAUUUUUACCGAGACCAGGGAGGAUGUGCAUGCGGUGAAGAAACGGGUGGCGAAUGGGCCGUAUGCGAUGGCGGCGAUGCAGCAGUUGAGUCCGUUUAUUGAUGAUACGGUCGAUGUGUUGAUGGGGAAGAUUAAGGAGGGGUAUAUUUCUUCUCCGGGAUCUCAGGGAGGUCUUCCUGGGCAACAAAAGAGGCGGGCGGUGUUCAACCUCGGGGAAUACCUGCACUAUUUCGCGUUUGAUGUGCUCGGCGAAGUAGGCUUCAGCCGGACAUUUGGGUUCCUCCGUGAAGGACGCGAUGUGGACGGGGCGAUCCGGGCGAUUGAUCAGUCGCAGACGUAUAAUGGGCUCGUGGGCCAGAUUCCGGAGUUGGAUUACCUGCUGCGGAGGAACCCGUUGUGGCGGUUGGUGCCGUGGUUGAGUAACAAGAAUGCGCUGAUCACGAGGAUGGCGCGGGAGGAGUUGGUGAGGAGGCAGCCGUUUGGAAAGGAUAGUGAUGGGGGGUUGUUGAGGACGGGGGAUGGGAGAAGGGAUUUGAUGGCGAGUUUGAUUUUGGGCCAUUUGAAGGAUCCGCAGAAGUUUGGGGAGGGGGAUGUCUUUGCUGUGGCUCAUGGUGCGAUCUUCGCCGGCUCUGACUCGACAGCCUCGACCAUGCAAUCCUUCUUCUGGCACAUCUUCUCUUCCCCCCAGAUCUACCAAGCCCUAACCCACGAGAUCCAAACCGCCGUAACCACAGGCACCAUCCCGGCUACGGGUAACUUGACCUGGACCCAGUCACAGGGUCUGCCCUACCUCCAAGCCUGUCUCAAAGAAGCUAUGCGCCUGCGACCGGCUGUGGGGCUCAACAUGACCCGGCUCGUCCCACCCGAGGGCGCCGAGUUGGACGGGGAAUUCUUCCCGGGUGGCACGUCGGUCGCGUGUAACGGGUGGGUGGUGCAUCGGGAUAGGGAGACGUUUGGGGUGGAUGCGGGCGAGUUUCGGCCGGAGCGGUGGUUGGAAAGUGAGGAGCGGGCGAAGAGGAUGGAGAGGUAUAUGGUGCACUUUGGUGGGGGGAGUCACUUGUGUCUUGGCCGUAACCUGGCGCUGCUGGAGAUCAACAAGGUUGUCCCGAGAUUGUUGCGUGAUUAUCGGUUUGAGCUGGUGCACCCGGGCCGUCCGUUGACGGAGAAUGCGUCGUUCUUUGUGGUUCAGUCUGGGCUGGAGGUGUACGUGACGAAGGCUUGA